GGCACAGCCCUUGUUGUGCCUCAAGGAGGGCAGUGAGCCGGUUGAGUAGUCCAGGUGCUUGUUAGUUGUGCUGUUGUUGAAACCCAUUUCUGGUCCAAGCACCCAUGGUAAAAAAAAUUGCCCCCUACACCCAGCACAUCUCUUCUCUGUCCACUAAUCUGUCUGUGGCAUCGCGAUCGCGCACCUAACUAACAGCUGCGAUAACUAGAUAACCCGUAAUGCACAGUCGAUUCCCAUUUCUUCUACGGCAACUUCUGUCGCGACCGGACCACUUCUCCCGCUAUCCGCUCAAUAAUGAGCUGCUUGUCAAGCGCAUCAACUGGUUCAAAUCCGCUUCCAGUUCUCUUCCUCCACCAUCUAUUUUCCCCAUGCUCAUCGAUGCCAUCAAUGCCACUAGACAGAUACAACUUCAAAACACUCCCCAAGUGCACCAGUCAGACUUUCUUUCCAUUUCUCCAAGUGAAUCUAAUGAUGAUCUCGAAAACCAGCUUGUGCAACUUCUCCAACACUACAAACUGCACUGGAACUCUACAAACCAUCUAAUACGACACUAUCUACAUGAACCUCCACGGCCAAACCUGGCGAGCGUGGUGGACUUGGUCUCGCUGCUGUUUUUGUCCCAACUCCAAUACGGCCGUGUUGAUUAUGGGCUUGUGCGUCUGGGAAUCGACAAUUUGCUCCAUACCAACGACUACGCGAGCAGCUUCAAACUCGUAGAUGCAACACUCUAUGCACCCCAAUUCACCCAGCACUCCUCCAGAGUGCUACGGCGAACCCUAUCAUGGGUUCUGGCGGCAUUUUUGGCCGUUAAUGUACUUGAAAUUGCCAUAUUACCGUUGAUUCUGCCGGCUUUUCUAGUUUUGGCCAACACCGCACUAGCAGUAAGUCUAGGCUACGGAUUCACCAACCUUAAGUUCCCCCGGCACCUAGGGCGUGUGAGCUGGCGGAUGUCCAAGUCACCACGUCAGGGGGUUUUGCACAACGAAGAGCUUUUCCUUGUCAAUCGCAUUAUCACCUACUUCGAGGAGAAUAACGAAAUUAACUUGAAGAACUACCACACAAGUCAGGUUCGGGAGUUUUCCAACCCCAACAUCAGCCGCUUCAACGACUACUUCGUGGAACUACCAACAUCGACCGCCGUGACGGCUGUGGGACAACAUGGCCAAUACAUAGAUGAAAAUAUAGUUGCCCUCCAGCAGAUGUUUCGGCGCGAGCUCAUCGGUCGCAAAAUAGCCAUCAAUGAUUUGCCGGAAGAACUUCACUUUGUGGAGUUCUGGAUGACUCAGGGCGAGAACUUUGAGUGGGUAGAGCCGGACCAGGACCCAGCUGAAAUUGUUCGGUUCAGAAAGAAUAGCUAAUAGAUAAGUUGAAAAAUACACAAGUUGAUGUAA